AUCAGUAAAAUCCAAGAUGGCCGACGCCGAUAACGACGGAGCCGCGGCCGCCGCCGGCGACGGGGAGGAGGCCCCGGCCGGGGAGGCAGCCCCUGCUCCGGCCACGGCCGAGGAAGCGCAGGCCGAGCUGAGGAAGAAAAUUGAUGUCCUGCUCAAAGCCGUGGGGGACACCCCGAUCAUGAAGAAGAAAAAAUGGGCAGUGGAGAGGUCUCGGACGAUACAGGGGCUAUGCCAAUUCAUCAGAAAGUUCCUCAAGGUCGAGGCAGAUGAGCAGCUUUUUAUCUACGUGAAUCAGUCGUUCGCGCCAUCUCCGGACCAGGAGGUGGGGACCCUGUAUGAGUGCUUUGGAAGUGAUGGGAAGCUGGUAUUGCAUUACUGCAAGUCGCAGGCCUGGGGCUGAGGAGGGGGACUGCGUGGAGGAACAGCCCGUUUUUUCCCCCCCCCUCACCGCGUUUCCCCCUCCCCCUGCAUCUCCUUCGUCGCCUGGCAGAUUCGGCAAUGGUGGGGGGGGGGGGGGGGAAGGACUGAGGGCUGGUGGCUGGCUCUCGGAGACUCCAGUCUACCAGUGCAGGGACCGUCGCACAAUCUCUCCAGCCUGCAUCACCUCCCCCUCCCCCUCCCCUCCUCACUACGCUGUGGGACAGAGGGUCCCCACUCCCCCUCUGCUGUGGGUCAGUGGGUCACCCCGGGGUGAAGGGUCGCAGUGUGCGAUCGCUCCCACGGACCCCCGCGCUCCCAGGAGGGGUCAGUGCCCAUCCCAGAGCCCCCCUCUGCUGUGGGUCAGUGGGUCACUGGGUCACCCCGGGGUGAAGGGUCGCAGUGUGGGACCGCUCCCAGGGACCCCCGCGCUCCCAGGAGGGGUCAGUGCCCACCCACUUUGAUCUCUCGCUUUCUAUCUGUCGCUCUCUCUCUCUCUCUCACUGUCGCUCUCUCUCUCUCUCUCACUGUCGCGCUUUCCCUCUCUCUCACUGUCGCGCUUUCCCUCUCUCUGUUGCGCGCUCUCUCUCUCUGUUGCGCACUCUCUCUCUCUCUGUUGCGCGCGCUCUCUCUCUCUGUUGCGCGCGCUCUCUCUCUCUGUUGCGCGCGCUCUCUCUCUCUGUUGCGCGCGCUCUCUCUCUCUGUUGCGCGCGCUCUCUCUCUCUGUUGCGCGCGCUCUCUCUCUCUGUUGCGCGCGCUCUCUCUCUCUGUUGCGCGCGCUCUCUCUCUCUGUUGCGCGCGCUCUCUCUCUCUGUUGCGCGCGCUCUCUCUCUCUGUUGCGCGCGCUCUCUCUCUCUGUUGCGCGCGCUCUCUCUCUCUGUUGCGCUCUCUCUCUCUGUUGCGCUCUCUCUCUCUCUGUCGCGCGCGCUCUCUCUCUCUCUCUGUCGCGCGCGCUCUCUCUCUCUCUGUCGCGCGCGCUCUCUCUCUCUCUCUCUGUCGCGCGCGCUCUCUCUCUCUCUCUGUCGCGCGCGCUCUCUCUCUCUCUCUGUCGCGCGCGCUCUCUCUCUGUCGCGCGCGCUCUCUCUCUCUCUCUGUCGCGCGCGCUCUCUCUCUCUCUCUGUCGCGCGCUCUCUCUGUCGCGCGCGCUCUCUGUCGCGCGCGCUCUCUGUCGCGCGCGCUCUCUGUCGCGCGCUCUCUCUGUCGCGCGCUCUCUCUGUCGCUCUCCCUCUCUCUCGGUGUGUCUCUCUGUCCCCCCAGUUGCCUGUCCCAGUGCCCCACACGGUAGCACAGCACCAGAGACACGCACACACGCGCGCGUGAACACUCUCGCACUCACACAAAUACGCACUCACACAAAUACACACUCACGCACGCGCUCACACUCACGCGCGUGCACACAUUCACACACACACCCACGCGCGCGUGCACACAUUCACACACACACACACACCCACGCGCGCGUGCACACAUUCACACACACACACACACCCACGCGCGCGUGCACACACACACACACCCCAACGCGCGCUUGUGCACACAUUCACACACACACACACACCCACGCGCGCGUGCACACAUUCACACACACACACACACCCACGCGCGCGUGCACACACACACACACCCCAACGCGCGCGUGUGCACACAUUCACACACACACACACACCCACGCGCGCGUGCACACAUUCACACACACACACACACCCACGCGCGCGUGCACACACACACACACCCCAACGCGCGCGUGUGCACACAUUCACACACACACACACACCCACGCGCGCGUGCACACAUUCACACACACACACACACCCACGCGCGCGUGCACACACACACACACCCCAACGCGCGCGUGUGCACACAUUCACACACACACACACACCCACGCGCGCGUGCACACAUUCACACACACACACACACCCACGCGCGCGUGCACACACACACACACCCCAACGCGCGCGUGUGCACACAUUCACACACACACACACCCACGCGCGCGUGCACACACACACACCCCAACGCGCGCGUGUGCACACAUUCACACACACACACCCCAACGCGCGCGUGUGCACACAUUCACACACACACACACCCACGCGCGCGUGCACACACACACACACACCCACGCGCGCGUGCACACACACUCCUGUGUAAAAAUAAAGUGCCUGUGUGUGAUCACA